AUGUCCAGAUCAAAUAGUGUCAGCCCACCCGGAGUCGGUGCGCCCGGGUUGAGGGGAGGGACUGAGCUCAGAUCAGCUUGGGGCGAGUCUGAGUCCGUGGCCAACGGGUGCCCAUACUCGGCCAGAUCCCCGCGCAAGAAGCUCACACGGACCAACAGUCGGUGGAGGGAAGAGGAUGAUCUGGAACACCGGCAGCCCGGGCGAGCCUCCACGACCGUCAGCAGGGUCAGCUUCAGGUCCAGGUCGGCUUGGCAGGACCAUGGCGAGGAGAGCCGAGACAACAAGCGCGCGUCCCCGAAACGUCCAGACGGCGAGGUGAGACCCAAGUCUGUGGAGCUGGGUCUGGAUGAGCGGAGAGCCAAGUCGAAGACCGACGAGGAGGAGGUCAUGCCCGAAGUUCACUUUUCUUUCGUGGCGUGCUGCACCAGCGUCAUGCACAUUUUCAAAUCCAAGAAAUUCCAGUCUGAGAAGUUGGAGCGGCUCUACCAGCGCUACUUUUUCCGCCUCAACCAGAGCAGUUUGACUAUGCUCAUGGCUGUGCUGGUGCUGGUCUUCACGGUCAUGCUGGGCUUCCACUGCUCCGGUGGGGCGGCGAGGCCGAGCGUAACUUAUGUGGUGGUAUUUUCCGUGGCAAUCUUCCUCACACUCACACUUAUGGUGGUCUGCAACAGGAACGGCUUUCACCAGGACCAUAUGUGGAUUGUGUGCUAUGUGGUCAUCCUGGUGGUGCUGGUGAUCCAGGUGAUCGGAGUGCUGCUCGUGCAGCCCAGAAGUGCCUCAGAGGGGAUCUGGUGGACCGUGUUCUUCAUCCAUGUCAUCUACACUCUGCUGCCCGUCAGGAUGCGCGCCGCAGUCAUCACUGGAGUUAUUCUUUCCGCCAUCCACGUGGCUGUUUCUUGGAUGUUAAACGGCAUGGACAGCUUUCUGUGGAAACAGAUAGUGUCCAAUGUGCUGAUCUUCUCCUGCACCAACAUCGUUGGCGUGUGCACCCAUUACCCUGCAGAGGGCUCCCAGAGGCAGGCCUUCCAGGAGACCAGGGAAUGCAUCCAGGCUCGCCUCCACUCCCAGAGGGAAAACCAGCAGCAGGAACGUCUCCUGCUCUCAGUGCUUCCCCGCCACGUUGCCAUGGAGAUGAAAGCUGACAUAAACGCCAAACAGGAGGACAUGAUGUUUCACAAGAUCUACAUCCAGAAGCACGACAACGUCAGCAUCUUAUUUGCAGACAUCGAGGGUUUCACCAGCUUGGCGUCCCAGUGCACCGCGCAGGAGUUGGUGAUGACUCUGAAUGAACUCUUCGCCCGCUUUGACAAGCUGGCCGCGGAGAACCACUGUCUGCGGAUCAAGAUCCUGGGGGACUGCUACUACUGUGUGUCUGGGCUGCCGGAGGCCAGGGCCGACCACGCCCACUGCUGUGUGGAGAUGGGGUUGGACAUGAUCGAGGCCAUCUCGCUGGUGCGGGAGGUGACUGGCGUGAACGUGAACAUGCGAGUGGGCAUCCACAGCGGCAGGGUGCACUGUGGGGUGCUGGGACUCAGGAAGUGGCAGUUUGACGUCUGGUCCAAUGACGUCACACUGGCCAAUCAGAUGGAGGCAGGGGGCCAAGCUGGGCGCAUCCAUAUCACUAAGGCCACUCUGAAUUAUCUGAAUGGGGACUACGAUGUGGAGGCGGGAGCAGGGGGAGACAGAAACGCCUACCUGAAGAAGCACAACAUAGAAACCUACCUCAUUGUGGGCUGCAGUCAGAAAAGGAAAGAGGAGAAGGCCAUGAUAGCCAAAAUGAACCGACAGAGGACCAAUUCUGUCACCCACAACAGCGGCCACUGGACCGACCGUCCCUUCUACAACCAUCUGGGCGGCAACCAGGUGUCCAAGGAGAUGAAGAGGAUGGGAUUUGAAGACCCCAAAGACAAGCAUUUCAUUUUCAGAAACACGCAGGAAAACCUAAACCCCGAGGACGAGGUGGACGAGUUCCUGGGCCGGGCCAUCGACGCCCGCAGCAUCGACCGCCUGCGCUCCGAACACGUCAAGAAGUUCCUGCUCACCUUCAGAGAGCCUGACCUGGAGAAGAAGUACUCCAAACAGGUGGACUCCAGGUUUGGGGCUUACGUGGCCUGCGCCUCCCUCGUCUUUCUCUUCAUCUGCUUCAUCCAGAUCGUCAUCGUGCCGCCCUCCGGUCUAAUGAUGGGCUUCUUCAUCACCUGCCUCGUUGUCCUGAUGGCCGUCAUGUUCAUCUCUACUGUGUACUGCUGUUUCGGGCUCUUCCCAGUCCCUCUGCAGACGUUUUCUAAAAGGAUAGUCCAGUCCAGACUGAACAGCACCCUGGUGGGCGUCUUCACCAUCAUCAUCGUCUUUCUUUCUGCUUUCAUCAAUAUUUUCACCUGCAGCAGCCACGACCUGCGGAGCUGCAUCAAAGUGGAGCUCAACGUCAGUCUGGACAGUGUGAACGUCUGCCACGCCCACCUCCUCAACUACAGCCUGGACACGCAGCGGGGCUGCUGUGGAGACGACGUCCUCGUCUGCAGCUUCCCCGAGUACUUCUCGUCCUGCGUGCUGCUGAGCCUGCUGGCCAGCUCCGUCUUCCUGCAGAUCAGCAGCAUCGGUAAACUCUUCCUCAUGCUCUUCAUCGAGCUGCUCUACCUCCUCAUCCUGGAGGUGCCCAAAGUGAGCCUGUUCGACAACCAGGACCUGCUGGUGAUGGCCAAUGCCAUCGACGUUGCCGAGCACAUGAACGGAACAAGCUGUGUGGUGGACUCCAAGGUUCCUCUGAAGAUCAUGACGCCGGUGGUCAUCACCGUCUUCGUUCUCGCCCUCUACCUUCACGCCCAGCAGGUGGAGUCCACGGCCAGGCUCGACUUCCUCUGGAAGCUGCAGGCCACGGAGGAGAAGGAGGAGAUGGAGGAGCUGCAGGCCUACAACCGCCGUCUGCUCCACAACAUCCUGCCCAAAGACGUGGCCGCCCACUUCCUUCAGCGCGAGCGGCGCAACGACGAGCUCUACUACCAGUCGUGCGAGUGCGUGGCGGUCAUGUUCGCCUCCAUCAGCAACUUCUCGGAGUUCUACGUGGAGCUGGAGGGCAACAACGAGGGAGUGGAGUGUCUGCGGCUGCUCAACGAGAUCAUUGCCGACUUCGAUGAGAUCAUCAGCGAGGAGCAGUUCCGUCAGCUGGAGAAGAUCAAGACCAUCGGCUCCACCUACAUGGCGGCCUCCGGCCUCAACGACUCCACGUACGACAAGGCGGGGCGCUCACACAUCCGCGCCCUGGCCGACUAUGCCAUGAGGCUGAUGGACCAAAUGAAAUACAUCAACGAGCACUCCUUUAACAACUUCAAGAUGAAAAUAGGUCUUAACAUUGGCCCAGUGGUUGCCGGGGUGAUCGGGGCCAGGAAGCCGCAGUAUGACAUCUGGGGGAACACGGUGAACGUGGCGAGUCGUAUGGACAGCACAGGUGUACCAGAGAGGAUCCAGGUGACUGCAGACCUGCACCAGGUGCUGAGCUCCUAUAACUACACACUAGAGUACAGAGGCGUGGUCACAGUGAAGGGCAAAGGAGAGAUGAUGACCUAUUUCCUCACCAGUGGACCACCAAGCAGUUAACCCCAGCGAAGCUACAAAUGGACACACUGGGGCAGGCGCCUUAACUCUGCCUCCGACAGACCGAGCAGGCUCAUGGACCUCUGAUAGCUCACGGCGGACCGACGCCCCUCUCGUGAUCCUUUCUUAAACCAACGGAGGCCACGACGGGACACGGUGAGAAAGUUCCUCCUAACGCUCAGCCUGUGGAGGACACUAUGAGCGGGAGAGGCCUGACUUGCCUAAAUCUGCAACUGAGACCAAAGAUGUCCAAUCAGUGCGUAAAGACAUACGUUGGCUGGGUCCUGAAGGAAAGAUGUUCCUGAGGAAAUUUAUCUGCUUCAAUUUUCAGAGAGUUUCAGACGAACCUGCUGGAGGACAUGAACUCCUCCUCCUCGCUCUCUCUCUGCCUUUCUCCUGCUGAGGUGUAUAUGUACAUGUAAAACAGACAGUUUUAUGUGUAUGUAUAUGAUUUGAUGUACUGUAUGUGAAACACAUUUUGUCCAUUUUGUCAUGAUAGAGGUACAAAUCUCUCAAGUGUGGACGCUCAGCCAGCGCGGCAGCACUGUCCGUCCUUGUUUGAAUAUCUGACCACGUCGGUAACUCACAGAUCGAUGGAGGGGUCGCAGUAAGUUGUGUCUGAUCGGUGAAGGGUGCGUCUUUCAGGUAAGAAGGUUCCUCGGACACAGUUUGGCCUGUUUGUCGUGUGAGCAGAGAGAAGAAGGUCCACAGUGUUUCCAGAAAGCUUGAUCAGACGUAUGAAUUCACAAACUCACACUACAGUAUCGACAGCGUACACACUCACACACACACACACACACACACACACACACACACACGAGCCACAAAGACGAUGUCAAUGAAGAGCUUUUUCUAAUCUUCGACAUUUUAUAUUUUGACUUCAGAACACCAAACUCUAUCAGAUAUUUUAAGAUUCUAUAUUUUGUACAUUAAUAUAUUAGAGAGCUAUGUAUAAACACCGAUGUGUAUUCAGAUGUACAUACUGUAUCACGCUCAUGUAGGAUUUCAGAUGUCCUCACUGUCGUUGCCUGGUCAGCUGACGUACCAUUCGACGCCGCUGAAUGAACGCCUGUUUUUACCGCUCUUUUCCGCCGCAUUGAGCGUUUUUCGAUGUGCAGGAAGCCGUUUGUUGAUUAGAUGGCGAGAGGGAAGUGUUAAAGCCGAGCGAGCGCGGACUACAGCACGGGAAUGGAUUAGUCUUUUUGCACUCCAUUGCUUUCAGCCGUCCGCCCCUCCCUGCAUCGAACCACGCCCCCCUCUUGCUUGCUCAAUCAGAUGGUACGACCCAUU